ACGGCGCUCGGCCCCUUUUUUCUCUUCUCCCAGCCUCGGAGAGCCGUCAGACCGCUGUCCUUUCAGGCCGCCUCGGGCUUUCCGCGGGAGGCGACGAACGAAGCUUCCAGGAUGGGGGUAACGCAGUCCCUCGGCUUGCCCCACGGGAAGGGCGCCUAUCCGGUCGGCUGCACCGACGUGAUGGUGGGCCAGACUCCCAAGGGCCUCUUCUUCCGCCUCUUCUACCCCUGUGUCCCUCAGAGUGAAGCUGAGGAGCCGUCCUGGAUUCCCCGCUAUGAAUAUUACUCUGGACUAGCUGACUACAUGAACUUGAAUAGGAAAUGGUUUGCGCCACUUCUCAGUGUCACAUUUGGAUCGUGUAAGAUCCCUGUAAGCUGGGAUGCGCCUUUCCGACCCUGUUCGCACAAGUACCCAUUGAUCAUAUUCUCCCACGGACUAGGAGCCUUUCGAACCGCAUACUCGGCCAUCUGUAUUGAGAUGGCUUCUCGGGGUUUUUUGGUGAUGGCUCUUGAGCACAGGGACCGGUCAGCUUCUGCUACUUAUUUUUGCAAGCUGGAUCCAGAAGCACCAGAUCUACACGAGGCUCCGAUUCAUGAAGAAUGGCUCACUUACCGCAGGGUACCCACAGAUCAGAAGGAGUUUCCAUUCCGGAACCCGCAGCUCCAUCAAAGAGCAAACGAGUGCAAACGGGCAUACAGGCUGAUGCAAAGCAUCAACAGUGGCAAGGUCGUUGCAAACCUUCUGCGCACGGAUUUUGACCUCUCUGUACUGAAGGAUAAUGUGGAUCUGACCAAAGCCGUUGUCAUGGGUCACUCUUUUGGAGGCGCCACAGCAGUGCUAGCUCUGGUCAAAGAAGCCCAAUUUAAAUGCGCUGUUGCCCUUGAUGCAUGGAUGUUCCCUUUGGAGAAUUCUGUUUACCCAAAAGUGACCAAGCCGGUGCUGUUUAUCAACACAGAGUCGUUCCAGACUGCAGAGAGCGUGGCCAAGAUGAAAAAAAUCAACGCCACCAGCAGUGAAAGCAAGAUCAUUACAAUCCUGGGUACCAUCCACCAGAGCCACACUGAUUUCACCUUCUUUGCCGGGAACCUUGUCAACCGGCUCUACAAGACAAGGGGUACCAUUGAUCCCUACGAAGGCCUGAAUAUCACCAACCAGGCUGCUCUCGCUUUCUUGCAAAAGCAUCUCCAACUCAAAGAAGAUUUUGACCAGUGGGAUAAUCUUCUGGAAGGCAUAGGCAGCUCGGUGGUCCCGGAUAGCCCCUUGGCAAAGUCUAGCCUCUAAGCAAGAAAUAUCUCUUCCCAAUUGUUUUGGGGCAUCUUCUGGAUUUGUUUUUUUUCCCCUUCCUUUGAAGGGAUGGAAAGCAUCUUUGAUAUAAAAUUGCUCUCCAGAUGUUGGACAUUCUGCAGAAUUGCUCUUCAUGAUGAUGGACAUGUUCCUGAGAUCUCCUGCUAUGAAGGCUUCACUUCUUUAAGAAGCAUCUGCGGCUUAGAAACAGUUGCCUUAAAUGUGCCUUAAAUGUGCUUCUCCUUCUACCAGGACUACAGCAAGAGCUUAAGAAAAAG